GUAGGUGGGUUGGAGUAGGGUGAAGACCACCUAGAUGCCUGGGUCUUCUCCGCGUCCCCCUCUCGGUCCAUUGGUUGGACCAGGAAAAGCCUCCUGAGAUACUUGGGUUCCUCCCGAGAUACUUGGGUUCCUCCCGGGAUACUUGGGUUCCUCCCGAGAUACUUGGGUUCCCCCCGAGAUACUUGGGUUCCUGCCCAAAUAGGACCCACAGCACCCACCUAAGUCCUUUCCCCCCACCCAAUCCUCUUACGGGUCCACGUAUCUCCCCAGGGUUUUCCUCCAACCAUGCUGGUCCUCACUAUCUACAUCCUGACCUUCUCCGUGGGCUUCCCGGCCAACAUCUUCACCUUCGCCACCCUCUUGGGCCAGGCCCGUCGGCGCGUCUCCCCCUCCGACAUCCUUCUCCUCAACCUGACGGCCGCCGACCUUCUGCUCCUCCUCUUCCUCCCUUUCAAGAUGGCCGAAGCUGCCGCCGGCAUGACUUGGCCCUUACCGGCUGUCUUCUGCCCGGUGGCCAACUUCUGCUUCUACUCCAGCAUCUAUCUCAGCAGCCUCUUCUUGGCGGCCCUCAGUGUUGAGCGGUAUCUUGGCGUCGUCUUCCCCCUCCAGUACAAGGACCGGAGAAGACCAGCGCGGGUGAUGGCCGCCAGCGUUGUCCUCUGGCUCUUGGCCUGUUCCCAUUGCUCCAUCGUCUUCGUGGCCCAGUAUCAUGGUGGUGGGAACCGGCCCCCGGCCAACAGGUCCGCGGUUAUCGGCUCCGAUGGCUCCACGGUCAACGGCUUCAAGCCUGGGAGCUCCGAGAUGUCCGACCCCAAUGGCUUCGGCACCUCCAACCCCGAAUACUCCACCGCUGAUGGCGUCACCCACAGUAACUCUCAGACCUCCAGCCCCGACAUCAGCAAGCCCAAGGUCUUCCAUAUCUCCAACCCCGGCGACUCCACGGACAACGACUUCAUCCCCCACGGCUCCAAGACCACCAACAGCGACAUCUCCGCCCGCCGCGGCUCCAGGAUCUCCGGCCCCACCAUCUCCACCGCCACAGGCGCCGACAUCCGGGACAUCUCCGGCCCUACCGACGCCUCCCAGACCUCCAACAUCCCCAGUUCAUCUGCUCCCGGCGUCAACGAUAGCUCCACCACCGCCAAAAUCCAGAAGUGCUACGACGACUUCUCCGAGGACCAGCUGAGCUUUGUCCUCCCGCUACGCCUGGAGCUCUUCCUCGUCCUCUUCCUCCUGCCCUUCACCGUCACCAUCUUCUGCUACAUCAACUUCGUGCGAGCCCUCCUCGCCCGGCCAAAUAUCCCCCUGGAGAAGAAGCAACGAGCCGUGGGCUUGGCCGUGGCCACCAUGGUCAACUUCGGGGUCUGCUUCGCGCCCUACAACCUCUCGCACGUGGUGGGCUUCGUGGAGAAACGCAGCCCGGACUGGAGGGUCUACGCUUUGCUCCUCACCAGCCUCAACGCCGCUCUAGACCCUCUCGUCUUCUACUUCUCCUCCACGGCGGUGCAGAGGGCCAUGGCCGGGGCGGUGGUGGCCGUGCAGGACAAGCUCCGGGUUGUGGUGGGCUGGUAUCAUGGGGCGUGUUCUCCUGGGCCUUCCCAGAAUGAGUCUGAGGGCUCGUUGACAUGA